CUGUCUCAAAAAAAAAAAAAAAAAAACAAAUAAAUUAAUAGUUUUGUAAACAAAAUUGUAAACCAUCAAACUUUCGGGUCUCAAAAUUAAAAAGUUAAAAUUAUCAAGUGAUUUUUCACAAUAAAAAUUUAAAUUUUUAUUUUACUGAUUUUAUUUGGAUCAAAGAAAAAAAUUAAUAACUCGAGAUGGAUUCCUACGACGAGAGGGACGAAGUCGUUGAUGCCGUAAUAAAUCAACUUUCGGGUGCGCUGGAUAACCCACGGCAGAUUUCUUCGAGAGGAUCGACCGACAAUCUUCACCAUCUGCUUGAGGAGUUGGAACCGCUGGUCCCUCCAUCAUCUGACGAUGACCAAGUUAUUGAUUUGUUAGAGACAAUUAUACGGGAAUCGACUCCAACUAACUCAUCAGCGCCAUCUACGAGUCACAGUUUCAAUGAGAGCCCGUCCAUUUUGUCGACAGAUAGCCGCAGGGGAUUUUGGUCAAAAUUAUUUAAAAGAAAGUCCCAGAGAUCUUCGGAAGGUUCCCAAGAUCCUGCAGAAGGUUCCCAUGAUCCCGCGGAACCUUCAAAGUAUUCGUUACCAUCAAUAGGAUCAGCGAACGACUCGAGUGCUUCUGCUUCAGCUUUGAAAGCUGCUGAAAAUUAUGUUGCUCAGCUGGAAGACUCUGGGCCUGGUGAUCUGACUUCCGUCAGUGCUUUGGGCAGGGAAAUAAAUCGUAGGAUUUGCGUGUGGUCUUCGUCAAUGACUCUGAGACGUGAAGUAGGUUCCGGUAGACCUGGAGACCCGAUUAAUGUACAGUUUCAUUCCCAACCUGAAGAUAUCAUUGGUCAUUGGAGUUUGAUCGGCAAUGAAGAACCACAAAAUACCGAGAGUGGGUUGAACGACUGCCUCUUCAACGCGAUUUCUGCUCAGACGGGUCACAAGCCCUCCGAGUUGAGGGAUAUAACAGUUGCACGCAUGCGCACGAAUAUUAGAAGCGUGGCCAAUAGGAUUCGAGAGCUAGCACGCCGGGAAGAGUGUGACAGGAUUGUGCUGAUGGUCGGAGGUGCAAUGUACUUUGGAAAUGACGCGGGAGCCGCGGGGAGACUUCUAAAAGAUUGUCAACGUAAACGGUCAGAUCUGACAGGCAGGCCAGGGCAUCCCAGAGGUCACGUGUCAAGGCCUGGAUGUCCAGGACCGUUUAAUAGUGCCGAGAACUAUUCGAUGUUCGGGUGCAAGACUGCAUUCAUGUCAAUAGAUGAUCAAAACGAAUUGGCGCAUCGAGUCCUGAAGUCGCAGCCGGUCCAUGAAGCCAUGGUCAAGUUGAAUGAAGGAAGCGAUUUGGAGGUGGUAAGAGUCGAACCACAAGAUAUCGGAGUGGAUGAAAAUAAACCAGAAACCCAUCUACCGAAGGGUCUUCAUUUUAAUGAGGGCGUAGUAGGAGAGCCCCAAGAAAUACGGGGGCUAGUUAUAAUAUUACACCAUUCAUAUGGGAAAAGGAACAAACAGAAAUCUGAUGUUUUCGUCUAUACGUUCUAUCCAAUUUUGAAAGGGUAAUUUUUUGGGGUAAAAAUUAAUGGACAUUCGGUACACCGAUUAGGAAAUCGAUAAAUCGAAAGUUAAAUUCGAUACUUUUGAAUUUGCACUUUAAAUUAAAACUUUUUUUAUUACAAUGUACAAAUUUUUAUAUGACACAUAAUAUUCAGAUUUAAUAAAAUAUAAAUAGAAUGACAAAAAAUAGAGAAUU